AUGAAGGCGGGCAACAACAUCAGCAUGAACAUCAUCUGGACCGCGGGCAGCCUGGUGCUGACGCGCUGCUUUCAGGUGUACUCUGACGCCCAGCGGCAGAAGAGCCAGAUGCAGCACGAGAUCAGCUCCCAGCUGUACGACAAGAUGCAGGACUCCCAGGAGGGCGUGGAGGAGGAGCUCGACGGGCUGUGCGAGGAGUUCCUGGUGCGCGAGUUUGACCACCGCAUUGACUUCCAGGUGCAGGACUCGUUGCCGCGCCUGGAGCGCUGGGGCCUGGUUGUGAGGAACGAUCAGGACAAGGUCCAGGCGAUGCCCAUGGACAGCGCCAUCGAGGCCCUCAGCUUCGCCUGGGCUAUCGCCUACCGCUCCCUCGGCGAGCCCGCCGCCGCCGGCGUCUGCACCGCUGACCUCCUGACCGGGCGCGGCUCCACCUUUGGCGCCGAGUUCGACACGUUUAGGGAGAACCAGGCCGCCAUAAUCGCGGCGCUCGCGGGCAGCAAGAAGGGUAUGUUCUCAAAGGCGAAGGACAAGAUGUCCUUCAAGCGGAGCAGUUCCAGCCGGGAAGCGUUUGCGGCCGCCGCCUACAAGCCCCGCCCGGACGCUGCGGCCGCCGCCGCGCCCGGCGAGCGGUCGUCGGGCUCGAUGGCGGCGGCCGCGGCGGCGGCGCUGGCGGCGGUCAAUGAGGGCGAGGAGGACGCCGCGGCCAGAAUCGACGCUGCGCUGGAGGGAGCGCCUGCGCCGCUGGCGGUGACGGGGGCGCCGCUGGCCGCCGCGGCCGUGGAGGACGCCCCGACGCCGCGCGCAAGCGGCGGCUCUCUGUCGGCCUCAGCAUCGCCGGCGGCGGCGUCCCCCUCGCCGCUGGGCGGCGGCCGGGCGUCCGGAGACUUCUGCAGCCGCCGCUCCGCGGGGUCCGGCUCGGUCGCCGGCGGCAGCAGCGUGCACGACGGCGACGAGGGGGCGUCGGGGGCCGCCCACAGCAGCGGCGGCGGCAAGUUGAAGAAGCCCCUGGCGCUCUUCAAACGGCUGGGCAAGGGCGGGGCCAAGUGA